AAAUAUUAUAUUAUAAUGAGCUCUACACUUCAUGUAGAAGUUGUUCAAAAACGGGGAAGUCAAGCAAAUAAAGAUUUUAUCAAAGAUGUUGUUCAUUCUUAUUUAGCAAAUUUUGUGUCAAUAACACCAGGUGUUACGAUAAAAAAUAAUGAAUUUGAAGACAAUUUAGCCCUUAAAGAUCAUAUAGAAUCUAUAACAUGUUGUGAUGAAGAACACAAUACUGAAGUAGGUGUGACAGAGUGUGAGUUCGUGUACCAUGUUUUUAAGUUUGAUAUAUUCGGCGUAGAGACCGACACGAUGACGGAUGCCGCAUCUGGUGAAGAAAUAGCGGCAGCUGAUAUUUGGGCACUACCGACCGAAGAGUUUCACGGCUUGUGGGAGAGUCUCAUAUACGACUCUAAACUCAAAGAAGACACGCUUCGAUUCGUGGAAACCGCCUUCGAGUUCGCCGACCGCCGCGUGGAUUCUAAUGUUAUUAGCUGGAAUCGAGUAGUUUUGUUGCAUGGACCACCUGGUACUGGCAAAACAAGUUUUUGUCGCGCUCUCGCUCAGAAACUAGCUAUACGUUUAAAUGAUAAAUUUCCGCGUGCACGCCUUCUCGAGAUAAAUGCUCACGGUUUAUUCUCAAAGUGGUUCUCAGAGAGCGGAAAACUAGUUGCAAAGCUUUUUGAUCGUAUACGAGAAAUUGUCGAAGAUCAAAGUCUUCUAGCGUGUGUACUCGUCGACGAGAUAGAGUCACUGGCACACGCGCGCCGCGCAGCGCUGUCAGGCCUCGAACCUUCGGAUUCCAUUCGUGCAGUGAACGCGAUAUUAACGCAACUCGAUCGCCUCAAACGACACCCGAACGCUCUCGUCUUGACCACUUCCAACGUGACCGGAGCGAUCGACGUCGCGUUCGUGGAUCGAGCCGAUAUAAAGCGACGUGUCGGCCCGCCCUCGGAGCGCGCCGCCUACGAGAUCCUACGAGGCUGCUGCAGCGAGAUGAUGGCUCGCGGCGUGGUGGCGCCGCGCGAGCAACUGUUCGCGCUGCGGAUCCUGGAGGCGUCGCGCUUUGCGGACACGGAGGGCUCGCACGCGUCGCUGCGCCUGUGGGCGGUGGCCCGCGAGGCGGCGGCGGCGCAGGUGUCGGGCCGCGCCUUGCGGCGCCUGCCCUUCCUGGCGCGGGCCCUGCACACUUGUGGAGAGCCUCCGCUCGCUCAGUUCAUAGACGCUUUACAAGCUGCCUUGAGACAGCAGUUAAGUGAUGCCAAGGAUCUAGAAGAUGAUUCCCUACCGACACAUUGUAAAUAAACGUAAAUAGUGAUAGCUAAAAGAUAACAGGGAUUAUAUUCCAGUGAUCCGUAAUAUUUUGUGUAUGUACAUAUUGAGACAAUCAUUUAAUUAAAUUAACAAUGUUCAACAUAGUUCUCAGUAUAGAAGUGAAGUGAUUAAGAAAAUUUUAUAAUAAUUAAAUAAUACAACAAUUUA